CGUAGCCGGCGUGCUCAUCGACCGCCCCUCCUUCUUCGUGAACAUGGCGCCGAUGUUGGCACCUCUAAAGUGCGGCUUUCACUUUCAGAGAAGAAAAUUAGCGUUUCUCAUUAGACAGACGAGCUCGUAUCACGUUUGGAAUAAAAAUCGCACUGAAAACGCGACGGACCCUAAACGUCAAAGCACAUACGUGUUAAGUUCCCUUCCACACCUGCGAACAGCCACAUGGAGCACAAACAGGAGCGAAAACAGUCGUCAGAUUUUGGAGGCGGCAAAACAUUUGCAGGUGACAGACAAACGGACAUGUUGGCAUGGAAAUGCAGGAGGAGGUCUAAAUGCAGAUCCAAAAAAUGUGCUGAAGGAGGUGAAUUCAACCCAGAUCCUGUCUGCAAUGCUGUCAUAUGUUUGGCCGAAGGAUAGACCAGACCUCCGGGCCCGUGUUGCUAUCUCUCUGGGCCUGCUUGCUGGAGCCAAGAUCACCAAUGUGAUGGUGCCCUUCAUGUUUAAGUAUGCAGUGGACGAGCUUAACCAGAUGUCGGGACACAUGCUGAACCUGAAUGACGCGCCAAGCACUGUGGCUACCAUGGCAACGGCCGUGCUGAUUGGCUACGGUGUCUCACGGGCUUGUGCAGCCCUCUUCAACGAGCUGAGGAACACCGUGUUCGGCAAGGUAGCGCAGAGCUCCAUCCGACGCAUCGCCAAGAACGUCUUUCUCCAUCUGCACAAUCUGGAUCUGGGCUUUCAUCUCAGCCGCCAGACCGGGGCACUGUCCAAGGCCAUCGAUCGAGGCACUCGGGGCAUCUCCUUCGUCCUCAGUGCUCUCGUCUUCAAUCUAGGACCCACAGUCUUUGAGAUGGGCCUCGUCAGCGCCAUUUUGUAUUACAAGUGUGGUGGACAGUUUGCAGCAGUGGCCUUGGGUACCUUAUCAGCAUAUACCCUUUUCACGAUUCUUGUCACACAGUGGAGGACUCGUUUUCGGAUAGAAAUGAACAAAGCAGACAAUGAAGCAGGCAAUGCAGCAAUUGACUCUUUGCUGAACUAUGAGACUGUUAAGUACUUUAACAACGAGAAGUACGAAGCUCAGCGGUAUGAUGGAUUCCUGAAGAUCUAUGAAGCAUCCUCUUUAAAAACCACGUCCACGCUUGCCAUGCUCAACUUUGGCCAGAGUGCCAUCUUCAGUGUUGGCCUCACCGGCAUCAUGUUACUGGCCAGCAAGGGCAUUACAGCAGGUACGAUGACCGUCGGAGACCUGGUGAUGGUGAAUGGCCUGCUCUUCCAGCUCUCCCUCCCUCUCAACUUUCUGGGCACAGUGUACCGAGAGACCAGGCAGGCUCUGAUAGACAUGCACACCCUCUUCACCCUGCUCAACGUCGACACCAAGAUCAAGGAGAGGGAUCUCGCCCCACCUUUAACCAUUGCACCACAAGACUCCACCAUCCGCUUCGAGGAUGUCUAUUUUGAAUACCUGGAGGGCCAGAAAGUCUUAAAUGGAGUGUCCUUCGAAGUGCCUGCUGGGAAGAAGGUGGCUGUUGUUGGUGGCAGCGGGUCAGGGAAGAGCACCAUUGUGCGACUGUUGUUCCGCUUCUAUGAGCCCCAGCGGGGGAACAUCUACAUAGCGGGGCAGAAUAUCCGAGACGUCAGCCUUGACAGCCUGAGGAAGGCUUUGGGGGUCGUACCUCAGGAUGCUGUUCUGUUCCACAACACCAUCUUCUACAACCUGCAGUACGGGAACAUCAAUGCUACACCAGAGGAGGUGUACCAAGUUGCGCGUCUUGCAGGCAUCCAUGAUGCUAUCCUCAGGAUGCCCCAUGGCUAUGACACCCAGGUUGGGGAGCGAGGCCUCAAGCUGUCAGGAGGUGAGAAGCAACGUGUCGCCAUCGCCCGAGCAAUACUGAAGAAUCCACCCAUCCUCCUGUAUGACGAAGCGACCUCCUCCCUGGACUCCAUCACCGAAGAGAACAUCCUGAAUUCAAUGAAGGGGAUGGUGAAGGACAGGACAUCGGUGUUCAUCGCCCACAGGCUUUCCACAAUCGUAGACGCAGAUGAGAUUAUAGUGCUCAACGAGGGUAAAGUGGCAGAGCGCGGUACUCACCACGCCCUCCUCAGCACCCCGGGCAGCUUGUACGCAGACCUGUGGAACGCACAAAACAGCAAAAUCCUGAACAGCCGCAACAAUUCGGCUGAGCCGCCGGCUGAGCGGCUCUCGCAGAAGGAGGAGGAGAGGAAGAAGCUGCAGGAGGAGAUCCUCAACAGUGUGAAGGGCUGUGGGAACUGCUCCUGUUGAGAGAAGCUGCCACCUCCAUGUUUCUUCAUCCCUCACAGAUGGCCUACACUGGAAUCCCUGGUCUGUGCAGCAUUGUGGAGGGGGUACGUCCCCGCUACCCACUCCAGCCAAAGCACGUGACUGUCUCUCCUCCUCUUCAUGUGAAUAAAGGCCACCGCUUGCCAAAAUGAAGAAGGAGGAGCAGAAAAGGGAGCAAGUGUGUUUAGCACUGGCUGGUGUCCAGAGAUAGAGCUUAUAUGCCAGUUGUCUCAGCUGAAUCAAAGCAUAAGAGACCUUGUAUAUCACAUACGUGUGUGUAAGACAUCUGUUAGUCAACAUGGUUGCCCCCUCCUUCUCAUUUUUGACAUCAGGUUUAUUGACAUCUUCGGCUGCUCUGGAAACAGAUGAGAGUACAUGUAAUGACUUACAUAUGCCUUGAUGUUGACAAAAAAUUUGUAUUGAUUUAAUUUUUUAAAUUAUUUACAAAAUAAACUGAAGUUAUACUUAGCUUUUUAUAUUGAGGGUGUGUACAUAUCACAGUUUAUUCUGCAAUUAGGCGAUCGCAGUUAAAAUCUGCGAUCUCUUUGCAGUAUCUUUAUUAGAAUAACACAAAGCAGAUGCUCCUCUGAGAUUAGAUUUAGUCAUAUUGCACAUUCGCCCAUGACAUUGUUUUCAAUGUUUGUUGUAAAAAUUGGUACAUAAUCAAAUUACAACAUAACUGGAAUGUUCAGACUCGGUCAUAUUUAACAGUGAAUUGCAGGAAUGUCACAUAACUACAGCACUCAGAAUAACAGGUAGGAACUCUAAUAAAUCAUGAAUGGUUCUCACCACAACUGGAGCAACAGAAAGAGGCAGCACGUUUAUUUUUUCACAAUCGUGUCAUUUAUCCUUGGCAGACUGGCCUCUCAAAACGAAGAGUUGUCUCUGGAAGUUUUAACGGCGCUAAGACAACUUUUUCGAUUGUAUGACCAGAACACAGAGUCUCCCUCCUGAGUGUCAUGUAUAAAUGUGUAAAGACAGGCAGUACGUGCAUGUCCUCGUUUUCUGAGGGCUGUUUUGGCUGCAAUAUGAACAUUUUGUUAGAAGCCUUGCUGUGGUAUUGUAUCUACAAAUGACACAUUCACAGCUGGGUGUCUUAUGUGGUACACGCAAUGUAAAAACCUGUUUCAAAUUAUCCUGGACUAUGUUGAUGUGGAGUGCAAUUCAGACUAAUUAAUAAAUGUUGACUUUUAUCUAA